AUGGACGAACCGGAUUGGAAAUGUUCCCACAUCCGAUGCAAUGAUGAAUCCUGCCUUCUGGCGGUGCAAUUGUAAGCCGACUCCACCCCCACAAGGAGGUACCCCGGAGACGAGCCGCCCAAACUCGCGAGACUCCGGGUCGUCCGGAGGGACCCUGGCUGCGCCGCACAUUAUCAGCACCCAAUUGCCCAGCCCAAUCUCCCCAUCACGACACACACACACACGACACGAUAUACACGACACGACAUACACGACACGACAUACACGACACGACAUACACGACACGACAUACACGACACGACAUACACGACCAUCCAUCACCAUGUCUGGCAAUGGCAAACCGUUUCCCCAGCAGCCUCAAUUUCACACCACGGCGGAGCACCGUGCUGCGGUGCUGACGUACCCUGGUAACCUCCGGGAAGCCCUCCGUCAGGCCAAGGAAGACCCCAAGAAGACGCUGCUCGGCGUCGCCCAGGGAAUUCCCAGCGUCUUUGUCACAAAGGUUAUGGCCUCGGCAAAGCCCGACUUCAUCUGGAUGGACGUUGAGCACGGCAUCUUCGACCGCUCAACCCUCUACGACGCCAUCCAUGCUGCGCAGCAUCACUCCGAGGGCAAGACGUUGGUCGUCUGCCGCAUCCCCAAGCACGACGAGGUCAGCUUAACGACUGCCCUCGACGCCGGCGCUGCCGGUCUCGUGCUCCCCCAUACCGAUUGCGCUCAGGAUGUCAGGGACAAAGUCAAGGACAUCUUCUACCCACCCCUCGGUCAGCGCUCCUUCAGCCCCUGGACCUUCACACCCGGCAUCUCGAACCAGUCGCUGUACGAAGGUGACGAGUGGAACAUGAAAAACUCCAACAACCACAUCUGCAUCAUCGCGCAGAUUGAGAGCGUCGAGGGCAUGAAGAAUCUCGAUGAGAUCGCCGCCAUGCCCGAGGUCGACGGGCUCAUGUUUGGGCCCGGCGACUUCAGCGCCGACGCUGGCAUCAAUUUCAGCCUCGCCGCCCCCCCGCCCCAAGCCUUCAUCGACGCCAUGACCAAGUUCGUGACGACGGCGCACAAGUACGGCAAGCCGCUGUUUGGUGCUGCGCAAAACCCGGCAAUGAUCCCCAUGAUGCUUCAACAGGGUUACGUAGCCCUGGCCGUGUCGUUUGAUGUCUGGGGGGUGGCGAACAUGGUCAAGAAUGGCAUGGACGAGGCGCGGGUCAUCAUUGAGCAGAAUGUCGACGCUGCCAAUGAGAACGGAGCUGCGGAGGCAGCAGAUAGUGUCAAGGCGACCAACGGCAGUGCUAAUGGUGCGGUUGAGGUGGUGGCUGGAAGAGCUCCUUCGUCGUAGAAUAUCAGGGUUGCUAUGCGAUAGAUGAUACGUUAGACUUGUUUAAUCCAAUUACCCACUCUGUGUAACAUAUGAACUUAGGGGCUUCAUGCAUUCGACAGUUUCCGUCACAGUUGCAACUGGAAGGAGAAUGUACUCUAUAUGGUCUACUCUCCAAAAGCAUAU